AUGACUGUUGACCCUACUGCUCUACUAGUCAAGAUGCCCCGUCCAGCUAUUCAUCAAACACCCAAGGCCAAGCUACAAGCGGCGCGCGAAAGGCACCGGCGUCAUUAUGCCAAAGAUGAUAUUUUGAAGAGGCGGAGAGUGCUUCGUAGCUCGAAAAGUGAGCAAUCACAGGCAGCGAAGAAAUUCACAAAAGACCUCCUGAAGGCUGUCGCAAAAGCAUUGCCUUGCGGAGAUGAAGAUGAAGAUGGGUCCACGUCUGAGUCUUCUGACUCGGACGAUGAUGAAAAGAACAAGCCAUAUGAUCUUCCCGAAUGCUCACGCAUCCUCAAAGACACAAAGGAUGAAAUAUUGGCAGUGAUCGGCAAGGACCCCUGCAAAUUUGUCGAGGGAGUCUUAUGCAACUACGUGAAGAGUUUCCCCAAAGACUCCUCCCCUGGUGAUAUCUCCAUCAUCGAAACUGAGAUCGCUAAGUUUCAAAAACUACUCGACCAAACCAUUCCCGCACAAGAUCAAAUUAUGUAUUUCUGUGGGGUCUCUCCUGACUCGGAGUGGCAUGCCGCUGACUCGGUCACGCGCUUCUUAAGGACGGUGCUUGCGUAUCUGGAGGACAUCGAGAUUCUGUUGUUUUCUGGAGGAGUUUGUGAGCUCACAUUUGCUCACUCGAUGGGGGAGAUGAUGUAUCAGAAGGGCAUCAAAAUUUAA